GGAAGAGUAACAACAAAAAGAAGAACGCCCCAAUAACGUUAAAUCUACAUCUGGAAUGCAAGCUGUUGGCGACAAAGUCCUGCCAGAAGAAUUGGGAAAGCAGAGGCGCAGUUUGUGAGGACACGCAGAGUGUAAUCCACAGAGGGGAACCCCGCACACAUUUCUACGGGUCCGUGCGAGACAACAAGAUGAGUGGAGCCGACGUGGACGCGAACACGAUCUGCCUCUUUGACGUCGACGGGACGCUCACUGCUGCAAGACAGUGUGUAACUCCAAACAUGGCAGAGUUCCUCGAGGAACUCAGGACUCGAGUUCGAGUCGGAGUUGUAGGAGGGUCGGACCUUUCUAAGAUCAAAGAGCAGUUGGGAAAUGACGUGAUCCAGAAAAUGGACUACGUGUUUGCUGAGAACGGUCUAGUGGCAUUUAAGAAUGGACAGUUACUUUCUGUCCAGUCCAUCCAGGCCCAUAUGGGAGAAGAGCUUCUCCAAGAUUUCAUUAACUUCUGUCUCAACUAUAUGGCCAAGAUCAAACUGCCUAAGAAGAGGGGUACAUUCAUUGAAUUCCGUAACGGCAUGUUAAACAUCUCCCCUAUUGGACGCAGCUGCACCAAGGAAGAGAGGAACGAGUUCUACGAGCUAGAUCAGAAAGAGAAAAUCAGAGACAAAUUUGUGUCCGUAUUAAAGGAAGAGUUCAAAGGCAAAGGAUUGUCAUUUUCAGUCGGAGGGCAGAUCAGCUUUGAUGUGUUUCCUGAUGGUUGGGAUAAAAGAUUCUGCCUGAGGUUUGUUGAGAAGGACAACUACUCCACCAUUCACUUCUUCGGAGACAAGACCAAACCUGGAGGAAACGAUUAUGAGAUCUACAGUGACCCUCGGACCAUCGGCCAUGAAGUCUCCUGUCCAGAGGAAACGCAACAACUUUGCCAGCAGCUGUUCUUUUCAUAAGAAAGAAGCAGAAACUGUGCCUUUCUGCCAAACAGCUUCUGUUAAGAGUCCUUAUUCAUCUGUCAAGAAGGCUUGCCCAUAAAAAGGACUGGUUGAAGGCAGAAAGAAACUGGUGUUUGGGGUCUUUGGUAGCGUCAGGAUGGGUUUUGGGGUCAUUGGUAAUGUCAGGAUGGAGUUGGAAGACUUUUGUGGGGAUUUCUGGUUAUUAUAUGAGCACUUUCAAAAUGUUAAAUGUAAUGUAUUCAUCUAUUGGUUUUGCUGUGCACCUCAUGGUAAUCUUUGAGGCAAAACAAUUACAAACCACCUCUUUCAAUUUACAGAGACAACUUUGCCAUAUUUAAGAAAAGAUUUUGAAAUAUGUUUGUGGUCUGAUUGGUUGGAUUUGUCUUUAGUGCAUUUCAUGUGAACAUUAGCUGAUUGAAAUCUGCUUUCAAUCAAAAUCCCUUAAUCCCACUGUGCAACAGGUUGUCUGCCUAGCUGCAUCAGUGACACAAACACAGAAGACCCUUUGGGUUUAAAAUCCAUUGGGUCUGCAGUGUCAGGUUUGCAGAAAGCUCAGCUGGUCACCUGUCACUAUAACCUUGUCAAUCCGACCUGAAUGCUGCCUUUCACUUCCCAGAGCAGUCAAAUAUAAAGUCCUCCUCCUGUAUUUUAUGUCAAGCCAUUUUUUGUAACGCUGCAAUUCACCCAACUAUGGAAUGCCGUUUUAUUCACAAUUAAAUGAAUAAAUACAUACAUAAAUAACUGAAUAAAUACAUGAACUAGAAAAUGCAUUUCCUGCUGAAAAUGCGUUGGAAUGCAAAAAGCUGAAAUUAAUUUCAAAAAGUUGCUUAAAGUACAGAAAUGAAACAAGCUGAAAUUAUUCUAAACAUUGCUGAAAGAAUAGAAAAAGCUGAAAUACAUUUAAAAAUGGCUGAAAAUACAGAAAUGAGAAAAGCUGAAAUGAACUUGAAACAAUUGCAAAAAAACUGAAAUGGGAGAAGCUUCUAUGAAUUUGAAAUCACAGAAAUAAUAAAAGCUGAAAUUAAUCUCAAAAAGUUGCUUAAAAUGCAACACGCUGAAAUUAUUCUAAACAUUGCUAAAAGAAUAGAAAAAGCUGAAAUACAUAAUUGAGAAAAGCUGAAAUGAACUUUAAAGAAUAUAAAAAAAAACAGAAAUGGGAGAAGCUUCUAUGAAUUUGAAAUCACAGAAAUAAUAAAAGCUGAAAUUAAUUUCAAAAAGUUGCUUAAAAUGCAACAAGCUGAAAUUAUUCUAAACAUUGCUGAAAUAGAAAAGGCUGAAAUACAUUUAAAAAUUGCUGAAAAUACAGAAAUGAGAAAAGCUGAAAUGAACUUGAAAGAAUUGGAAAAAACAAAUGGGGGAAGCUUCUAUGAAUUUGACAAAAUACAGAACUAAUAAAUGCUUAAAUUACUUCUAAACAUUGCUGAAUCUUUUUCAUUCAAACUAAAUGAACUUG